AUGGGAAACAAUCAUGAAAAAUUCUUUUCUAAGGAAAAACGAAAACUCCUCAUUUUAGGACUUACUGGAGUAGGAAAGUCAACAUUAAUAAAAACAUUGAACCAAGGAAAUUAUUAAGAUAAGAAGGAAGAUUUAUAAAUUAUUGACAUUAAAUUAAAAAACAUUACACUUUGUGUUUUUGAUAUGGGAGGAAGUGAAAGAUAGAGAAUUUUUUGGAGACAAAACUUUUAUGGAAGUUAAGGAGUGAUUUAUGUUAUGGAUGGCAAUAUUGAUAUCUAAAAGGCAUUAUUAGAAUUAGAAAAAAUUGUGAUUGACACAGAUCUCAAAGAUACUCCAAUUGCAGUAUUUGUGAAUCAAAAUGGAAAAGAAAAUCCAUUUGACACUACGAAAGAAUUCUUAAAGUAUAUUUAUUUAAUUUUCCAUUUAAAGAAAUAAACCAGGAAAGGUAAAUGUGUUCAAAGGAAGUACAUUAGAAUUAAAGGAUAUUAUGAGUUGUAUAGAGUGGCUUGGUAAAGAAAUGAAACCUAUUUGAAUUAUUUAUUUUUAUUAAUGUUUGAGGAUGAUAAUAAUAUCAAUUUUGAUUAGCUUAAUUAUAGAGAAACGCAAAGAAAACAUCAUAGAAAGAAUAUACUUAAUUAAGAAAGUAGAAUUAGAAAGAUUUGA